GCGCGAGACCACAGCCUAGGAACGGCUUCACGUCUCAAGACAUCUCACGCAUUAAGUCUUCUGUAACAUGAGAAGAAUGAUGUUCGUGAAAUCAGGAAGUUGAGAGCUGGAUGAACAUCAAAGCAUGAGCAUUGCCUACAUUUAACAAAUUUUUCCAGUCACCACCAUGGGAAGUUCAAUAAAAUAGGCCAAAAAUUCUCCCUGGAUUUCUCACCUGUUGUACAGUCUGGAGUCAACAUGGCAGAUGAAGAAUAUGGCAGCUUUGUGGACUGGACCCAUAUGGGUGACCUGUCAAAGAGCAGUGGACCCACCAGUGUGGAUUGCAAGGACCUAAAAGUGUUCAAGCAGAUGGCACGCCAGGGAUAUUGGGCCAAGAACCACAAACUACGUGCGCAGGUCUACCAACAACUAAUCAAAGCCAUACCGUGCCGCACUGUUACCCCAGAUGCCGAAGUCUAUCGUGAUAUAAUGGGAACUGGAACUGCUAAAAAGCCCUCCUCUAACAUCCCGCUGCCUGACUUUGUGGAUGGGAAUCCUGUGCCUCAUUACUGCCUGAAGAAAGAAGGGGUUGCGUCAGCCCACCAGAUAAUCAACUGUCUGGCCGGUCAGUUUCCUGACAUUUCCCACUGCCCGUGUCUCCCGGCCGUAACAUCUCUGCUUCUCCACUUCAGCAAAGAUGAAGCCCAGUGUUUUGAGCACGUCAGUCGUAUACUUGCCUGCAACGAGCCAGGGAAACGACUGCUCGAUCAAACUUUUCUGGCCUAUGAAUCUGGCUGCAUGACCUUUGGCGACCUUGCCAACAAAUACUGCACGUCUGCCCACAAACUUAUCGUGGCCACAGCCAAGGACGUACUAGAGGUCUAUUCAGACUGGCAGCAUUGGGUGUUGGGUCAUCUGCCUUUUAGCCAUGUUGUCCGAGUUUUAGACGUUUACCUUGUGGAGGGUUAUAAGAUCCUCUACCGUGUGGCUUUAGCAUUGCUCAGGUUCUACCGCAAGCACAAAGCAGGAGCUCAGGGCACUCAGGCCACUCCACAGGUACAAGAGUCAGACGUAGUCAAAGCUGACAUCGAGACUUUCAUUAAGGGCAUUGCCGCCACUGUUACGCCUGAAAAGCUGCUGGAAAAGGCCUUCUCCAUUCGCCUGUUUAGCCGCAAGGAGAUCACACUGCUGCAGCUCACCAAUGAGAAGUCCCUCCAACAGAAAGGCAUCACAGUCAGACAGAAGAGGAUGAACAUGCAGCUGGCAGUCAAUGCUGACACCUUCUCAUCGGAGAUAGUUAGUGCCAAGGAGAUGCGUGACAUCUGGUCUUGGAUCCCUGAGCGCUUUGCUCUGUGUCAGCCAGAGCUUCUUUUCACCACCUCCACUCAUGGAUGCAGUCUGAACAGAUUUUACUCCCAUUGUGAAGAAAACGAGCCCACGCUUUUGCUCAUUCGUACCACAGGAGGCGAAGUGUGCGGCGCUUUCCUGUCAACAAUGUGGGAGGAAAGGAAAAGAGGAGGCAACAAACUGAGCUUCUUUGGCACUGGGGAGUGCUUUGUCUUCAAGAUGAAGCCAGAGAUGGAGCGCUAUGAGUGGGUGGUAAUCCGCCACCCUGAAUUAGCCUCUACAGUCAAGGAUCAAAGCCAAGAGGAUGCUGCUUCCUCUGAGGCCCAAAAUGCAAACACCAAUGGUUUGCAGCAGCCAGAGAAACCUGCCGGUGACUUGUCGCCCUUCCUCGCUGCCCGACACUUCAACCUCAACUCCAAAAAUACUUCCAUGUUCAUGGCAGGAAACACUGACUCCAUUAUUAUCGGUGGCGGGGAAGGAAACGCUCUCUACAUUGACUCGGAGCUGAACCACGGACGCACAGGCAGGUGUGCGACUUUCGACAACCCUCCUCUGUGUUCCGAGAGCUUCCAGGUGUCAUUGCUAGAGGUUUGGGGCUUUCAGGAUGCUAUGGCCUCAUAAUGUCAAGGAUCGAUGCGACCAAGCUGCAGGUCAUGACUUGUGUCAUGUAACACAAAAAAAGUGGUCAUGCAAAUAACAGGUUUUGUAGUUAGAUACGAUGUUAAGACAUCUGUCCCUGCAGAUCAAACCAGUUUUCCUUAUUUAUGAAUGAUGCAGUAAUGAACAAAUGUCACCCUGUAAUUGUUAUUGUGCUUUCUGAGCUGAGACACCUUUGUUUCAACUCUGAACUAACCUAAUAUACUUUCUGCUUAUUUUAACCUGCCAAAUUGUACAGAAUGUUAAUGUCUGCGGUUGUUCUAAAUAGAAGAAAUGUUGUCCGUGAUAACCUGGUGAGACAUUUUAAAUAUCCCGGUGUCAUUGUUCAGUGAAAUAACAUUCAAAUUUAAUUCAUUUAAUACAUCAUGGUUUUUGUAAAUACGAUGGAGAUCCCGGAGGUUUAAUGGUGUUUUUUUUUUUUUAAUCUUUGCUGUUUUGCACUAAUUGUACUUUAGUACUGCUGUGUCACUGUGGCAGUGAAGACAAAUGCAGUCCCUUCAUAUAUUCUCCCCUUAUAGGUGAAGUUUCCGUCCCAGUCCUUGUGAGUGUCACAAAAGACGUCUGUAAUUGUGAUGUGGAGGUCAAAAUUGUUGACUGAGUGAAUCUGUGCUUAAAUCAUGUGACUUGCUGUAAUGUCUGUUCUGUGUAAACAAAAAAAGCAAAACAAAAUACAGCAAUUCAAUUUUAUUGCAUUUCUUCUUCAUUCUGAUGCUUUUCCUGGUGUGUUCUUUAUUAGUCCACCCUGACAUCACAUCACCUGCUGAGGAAAGCUUCACAGAUUUGUGCCAAAUGCCAGUCAGCAAGGUUUAAACAUUGAUUCUACUUCAGUAGCAAACUGGAUGGAUUCCUAGUCACCUGUAAGUCAGACAUUUCUGAGUCAUAACUUUGAGUUUUAGCCACAUAAUGUUGAAUUCUGCAUAGAUUCAUCUGAGCAUGUCAUCACUUCUCGGAUUUAAAUUUGUGUUGAUUAAACUAUAACACGGGGAAAUUAAUUUGACUUGAAUGUGCGCUCUUGUUUGGAGCCUGAUAAUAAACAUUUUAAUAGGAAAAACCAUGUGGAAACAUUACAAAAUUGUUCAACUAGCAUGAUGGCAAAACUCAAGUUAUGGGAAUGAUUAAUAACAUGUAAUUAUUGAUUCUAUUAUCAACAGGAAAAAACAUUGUUCAGGUUAUGUGAGACAGCAACUGUGAGGGGCAUGGUUUUACUCGGGGCAGAAAAAUAAACAUGAUAAUUGAAAAUGAAAAGCAUCAUGAUAAAUAUUUAAAUAGUAAAGUUUCUACUGAGAGGAAAGUGUGCUGUAUAGUGGAAAAUAAAACAAAUAUAUCCAUAAUAAGUGAAGGCUCGGAUUUGGUAGUAAUGCAAAGUAAUGGGGAAAAAUGUUUUGUUUACUUUUUUUUUGUCUUUUCAGUAGUAGCAUGACAAAAUACAAAAUCAUAAUUAGAAACAGAUAUGUCAAAAGAAGAUGAAAAAUAUAUAAAUGCUUUCCUUUUGAAAAAAAAUUCCACAA